AUGAUUACUGAAAAUGUUAUCUCAUCAUAUAAAAGAAAAGGUUCUUCCAAUCCCAAAGGGUCAGGCACACAUCCAGUGUAUUCCUGUCUCUUUCUAUAGGUGCUUUCUCUGGACAAAGCUGAAGACAUUCACGAUGGAUACCAGUCCCUUAUUUCUGAAAUUAACAAGCCAGGCACUAAUUAUGUGCUUAGGAUUGCCAACCGGCUCUAUGGGGAAAAGACAUUUAAAUUUCUUGCAACAUUUAUAGACUCCUGCCAGAAAUUCUACCAUGCAGAGCUAGAACAACUUGACUUCUCUAGAGCUGCAGAAGACUCCAGAAAACAUAUAAAUUCCUGGGUAGAAGAAAAAACUGAAGGUAAAAUCCAGAAUCUGUUGGCUCAGGGAGUUGUUGAUUCAAUGACCAGACUGGUCUUGGUGAAUGCCAUCUACUUCAAAGGCAACUGGGAAACCCAAUUCAACAAGAAUUGCACAGUGGAAAUGCAAUUUAAAAUUAACAGUAUUAAUUUAUUAAAAUUAAAGUGUAUCUUUUCAGCAUUGGAGGGCACUUACAACAUUUGGGAGGCAAUGUGGCUCAAUGGACAGAGGCAGUCCAAAGAAAACCGGGAUUCUACACAUACAGGAAGUUGUUCAGCCUUUCUAGCAUCUCAGUUUCCCCAUUCCAGUUCUGUGAUUCUAUGUAGCUGGAAAGAGAACUUAAUUUAUAGAGGGAUAAAUCCAGAAAUGAUGAACUAUACUGAAGUGGAGGUGUUUUUACCCAGAUUUAAGUUGGAGCAAACUUAUGAUUUGAAGCCUGUUCUGAGGAGCAUGGGAAUGGCUGAUGUAUUUGACAGAAAGAAGGUGGAUUUAUCUGGAAUGUCAGCCAGCAAUGACCUAAUUCUGUCUGAGGUUGUUCACAAGUCCUUUGUGGAGGUAAACGAAGAAGGCACUGAGGCAGCAGCUGCUACUGGAUUAGUGUUCCGUAUGCUUUGUGUACGGAUUGUACCACAGUUCACUGCUGACUAACCUUUCCUCUUCUUUAUCCAGCACAACAAAACUGGCAAUGUUCUGAUCUGUGGCAGAUUUUGUUCCCCCUAAAAAGAAAAAAUGCAGCCAUUAACACAGUAAAAUUAUUUCCAUUGUACUAUAUUGGGAUUUAUUUAUUUUUUUGCACUCUAAGCAAGGAGCUCUGUACAGAUGCUGUACGUUACAUGGUGCAAUCCUGAACACCCUUCUCUCUUGUUUC